UAGCGGGGACCCACCGUUGGCGGCGGCGGCGCGGACUUUGCCCGGCGCGGGGUGUAGAGUGGACUGUGUGUCCCGCGGGCCGCGGAGAUGUUGGCAUUCGCAGUCCGGACCGUGCCCAGGCAAGUGGCUGCCUCUUGCUAGGUUCUGCUCGCCCACUUGGUAGCACAGUUAGGCUUAGAGAUCCAGCCCAAGGCAGACAGACAGGGCUCAGAACCUCAGUCCUGCCAUGGAGGACGGGCAGCAGAAAGAGAAGGUGAAGCCCCUGGGCUUCCUGAAGCCCUCCUCCUUGACGAAGGUUGCCAGCCGCUUCAAGGCGCACCAGGACUCCCUGCCCCGGCUGCCCGUGCCCCCCCUCCAGCAGUCUCUGGACCAUUACCUGAAGACACUGCAGCCCAUUGUGAGCGAGGAGGAAUGGGCCCACACCAAGCAGCUGGUGGAAGAGUUUCAGGCUGCAGGGGGAGUCGGAGAGCGCCUGCAGAAGGGGCUGGAGCGCAGGGCCAGGAAGAUGGAGAACUGGCUGUCCGAGUGGUGGCUCAAGACGGCCUACCUCCAGUACCGUCAACCCCUGGUCAUCUACUCCAGCCCCGGCCUAGUGCUACCCAGGCAGGACUUUGUGGAUCUGCAGGGACAGCUCCGGUUUGCUGCCAAAUUCAUCGAGGGCGUGUUGGAUUUCAAGGCCAUGGUUGACAAUGAGACCCUGCCUGUGGAGUACCUGGGCGGAAAGCCGCUGUGCAUGAACCAGUACUAUCAGAUCCUGUCCUCCUGCCGCGUCCCAGGCCCCAAGCAGGACUCCGUCAUCAACUUCAGCAAGAUCAAGAAGCCGCCCACGCACAUCACAGUGGUACACAACUACCAGUUCUUUGAGUUGGACGUGUACCACAGCGAUGGGACGCCCCUUACCUCGGAUCAGAUUUUCGUGCAGCUGGAGAAGAUCUGGAACUCGUCGCUGCAAACCAACAAAGAGCCCGUGGGCAUCCUCACCUCCAACCACCGCAACUCCUGGGCCAAGGCAUACAACACCCUCAUCAAAGACAAGGUGAACCGGGAGUCAGUAUACUCCAUCCAGAAGAGCAUCUUCACCUUGUGCCUGGACGCAGUCAUGCCUCGGGUCUCAGAAGACAUGUACCGCAGCCAAGUGGCCGGCCAGAUGCUGCACGGGGGUGGCAGCAAGCUCAACAGCGGCAACCGCUGGUUCGACAAGACGCUGCAGUUCAUCGUGGCAGAAGAUGGCUCCUGUGGGCUUGUUUACGAGCACGCAGCAGCAGAGGGGCCUCCCAUCAUCGCCCUUGUGGACCACGUCAUUGAGUACACAAAGAAGGCCGAGGCCGUGCGAUCUCCCAUGGUGCCCCUGCCCAUGCCCAAGAAGCUGCGGUUCAAUAUCACCCCUGAAAUCAAGAAUGACAUUGAGAAAGCCAAGCAGAACCUCGGCAUCAUGAUCCAGGAUCUGGACAUGAUUGUGACAGUGUUCCACCACUUUGGAAAAGACUUCCCCAAGUCAGUGAAGCUGAGCCCCGACGCCUUCAUCCAGAUGGCGCUCCAGCUGGCCUACUACAGGAUCUAUGGGCAGGCAUGUGCCACGUAUGAAAGUGCCUCCCUGCGCAUGUUUCACCUGGGCCGUACUGACACCAUCCGCUCAGCCUCCGUGGACUCACUGACCUUUGUCAAAGCCAUGGAUGACCCCAAUGUGACGGAGCACGAGAAGGUAGAGCUACUGCGGAAGGCCGUGCAGGCCCACCGAGCCUACACUGACCGGGCCAUCCGCGGGGAGGCCUUUGACCGGCACCUGCUGGGCCUGAAGCUGCAGGCCAUCGAGGACCUGGUGAGCAUGCCUGACAUCUUCAUGGACACCUCCUACGCCAUUGCCAUGCACUUCAACCUCUCCACCAGCCAGGUCCCCUCCAAGGUAGACUGUGUCAUGUUCUUUGGGCCUGUGGUCCCAGACGGCUACGGCAUCUGCUAUAACCCCUCGGAGGCGCACAUCAACUUCUCGGUGUCAGCCUACAACAGCUGUGCCGAGACCAACGCUGCCCGCAUGGCGCACUACCUGGAGAAGGCGCUCCUGGACAUGCGUACUCUGCUGCAGAGCCACCUCCGGGCCAACCUCUGAGCUCCCGUGUUCAGGGCUGCCGGUGCCAUGGCCACGCCACCUUCAGAUGAGCCACCCACCAGGGCUCCACUCUUGGCUUCCUCUCCCCGUGGGCUCUGCAGAUCUGACCGAGCCAGGCCUGGCGCCCCCAGUGGGGCUUGCAGGCCCAAGCCAGAUGUCUUCCAUGGGCCACCCCAGCUUCCUGGGCUGAGCAGGACGUCGGUCCCGGCACCCCACGUAUCAUCUACGGAGGCCUUCCUCUGAAGAACGGAAGCGGUCCAUCCCCCGCCGGCGUGGGAGACUGGGGAGUCCUUUUCUCAAUUUCCCUGCCAUCUGCACACAGGGCCGGACCUGCACCCCCAUCCUCAAUCUCCAGGGGCCUAAAGACAGGACUGUCUGGAGUGGGGGGGACUCCAGGCUUCCCCGAGGCUGAGAGGCCAGGGUGCGAGGGGUCCUGGGGAAGGGCUGUCUUCACAGGACUGCCAUGCCCUUUUGGAGAAUGUGGCUCAAGGGCCCUGGCUCACUUGCUUCCACUCAAUUUGAUUCCUGAACCAUGUUCCUGGUUGUAUAAUAGUAACAUGCGAGGUAAUUAAUAAAGGGAAAAUUUCUUGGUGAA